AAGUCCACUUUAGGGAAGUCAUUAGUGGGUUUCCUCGACAUCAUCAAUCUUUCCAAAAUCAAAUCGCUUUAUUCCUCGCCAUAACUUUUUCAAUUAAUCUGUUACAGAGAAUCAAUAAGAUCUUCCAUCUUAUCUUCCUCUUGAUUUCGCACAACCAUGGACGUUAUCGUUCAGUUGCAGAGACAGAUUGUUGACUUCACAGCUUCUCUAUACCGAGAGGGAUAUGUGGACGAUCAAUUUACUCAGCUGCAGAAGCUGCAAGACGAGAGUAGUCCUGAUUUUGUGAUGGAGGUCGUGUCUCUCUUCUUUGUAGAUUGUGAGAAGCUUGUUAACAAUAUGGCCAGAGCUCUGGAACCACAGGCUGUGGAUUUUAAACAGGUGGAUAAUGAUGUUCACCAAUUGAAGGGUAGUAGUUCCAGCAUGGGUGCAGCGAGAAUUAAAAAUGCAUGCAUUGCCUUCAGAACUUAUUGCGAGUCCCAAGACCGUGAAGGGUGUAUGAGAUGUCUUCAACAAGUGAAUCAUGAGUAUGCUCAACUGAAGAUCAAGCUUCAAACUUUAUUCAGGCUGGAGCAACAGAUUGUCGCAGCUGGUGGAUCAAUUCCUGUGAUUCAAUGAGUAAUAUUGAUUUUAUCCAUUAUUUACACAGAAAGGUUGAAGGAUUGAUGUUAGAGAUACUCUUUUUGUAGGAGCUGUUUAAGGUUAGAGGUUGAGCUACUUUGACGACCUGAAACCUUGUGUAUCGGGGAGGGACAAUGUGAAUAAACGUUUCUAUAAACUGCUUCUUAAACGAGAACUUUGGUUUGCCUCUUGGUAGUAAGAAUUGCAUAUAUCUGAUCUUUUUUUUCUGUCCUGGUAUUAUUGCUAGGGACAUCACCAUUUAUACAAUCUAUAAUGUGGAACCCA